CCUCCACCAUCCAGCAAAACAAGCUCUCAAGGCACUAUCUAUCUAGCUAGCUAGAUAGCUAACACAGUUGAUUCCAUCGAUAAUGGCGGCGCGUGCCAUUGUCGUCCUGGUCUCGCUCGUCCUAGCGGUGGUCGCCGGCGGCGCGUCGGCGCAGCUGUCGUCGGGCUUCUACUCGCGCUCGUGCCCGGGCAUGCUCAAAGCCGUGCGCUCGGCGCUGCACCCGGCGAUCACCAGGGAGCGCCGCGUGGGCGCCUCCAUCGUCCGCCUCUUCUUCCACGACUGCUUCGUCCAGGGCUGCGACGCCUCGCUGCUGCUGGACGACGCGCCGGGGCUGCGCGGCGAGAAGAACGCCGCGCCCAACAAGAACUCCGUCAGGGGGUUCGAGGUCAUCGACGCCAUCAAGGCGGCCGUCGAGAAGGAGUGUCCCGGCGUCGUCUCCUGCGCCGACGUCCUCGCCGUCGCCGCCGAGGAGAGCGUCGUUUUCCUGGGUGGCCCGAGCUGGGAGGUGAAGAUGGGGCGGAGAGACUCGACGACGGCGAGCUUCACCGGCGCCGAGAACAACAUCCCACCGCCCACGUCGGGGCUCGCAAACCUCACGUCCCUCUUCGCCGCGCAGGGGUUGUGCCAGAAGGACAUGGUCGCGCUCUCAGGAGCGCACACGAUCGGCCUGGCACGCUGCACAAACUUCCGGGACCACAUCUACAACGACACCAACAUCGACGACGGCUUCGCCAGGAGCCGCCAGUCAGGCUGCCCUCGCACCGCCGGCUUCGGCGACAACAACCUGGCGCCGCUGGACCUGCAGACCCCGACCGUCUUCGAGAACAACUACUACAAGAACCUCGUCCAGAAGAGGGCCCUCCUACACUCGGACCAGGAGCUCUUAAACGGCGGCGCCGCCGACGCGCUGGUCCGGCAGUACGUCGGCAGCCAGAGCUCAUUCUUCAAGGACUUCGUGGUGGGGAUGGUCAAGAUGGGGGACAUCGGGCCGCUGACGGGGUCCAGCGGACAGAUCAGGAAGAACUGCAGGAGGAUCAACUAAGAAAAGAUCCUCCACUUUGAGCGCAGACAAUUGCGAAAUCCCUAGAAAUGCAGCACAAUCCGUAGCAAUUCGGGAUGUGUUUGAUCGCGCCCAAGCUUGCAAGCAGCUUGUAGUUUCCUGUCGUUCGACUCUGUUUCUGCAAUUGUCAAACCAAUGUACGUUGUGUCUGUUGGGUUAAUAAAAGGCCUACCAGUCUAUAGCCA